AGUGUCGCAAAGCGCGCCCCUGCCCGUGCGCCCGCCCGGGCGCUGCCGCAAAGCAAGGCCGGGAAGAUGGCGGCGCGCUGGGCGCUGGGCGCGGGUGCUUCCUGGGCGCGGGGUCUCCUCAGCUGGGCUCGGCCGGAGAGGUGGCUGGCAUCUGGUAGCCUUUUUCCUCUGUCAUGCAUCCACACAAGCUCAUCUCUGCAGAAAAUUGGGAAAAUUGGGAAGUGGGAGAAGAAGAACAGGAUUGUUUACCCUCCCCAGCUGCCUGGAGAGCCUCGCAGACCAGCUGAAAUAUAUCACUGUCGGAGGGAAAUAAAAUACAGCAAUGAUAAGAUGUGGUAUCUGGCAAAACUGAUAAAAGGAAUGUCCAUUGAUCAGGCUCUUGCUCAGUUGGAAUUCAGUGACAAAAAGGGAGCAAAGGUGAUCAGAGAGGUUCUGUUAGAAGCACAGGAAAUGGCUGUAAGAAAUCACAAUGUGGAAUUCAAAUCAAAUUUACACAUAGCGGAGUCGCAGACGGGCAGGGGCCGCUACGUGAAGCGAUUGCGGUGCCACGGCAAGGGCAUGUUUGGCAUGAUGAAAAUCAACAGGUGCCACUACUUUGUGAAGCUGGUGGAAGGUCCUCCUCCUCCCCCAGAGCCACCAAAGACUGGCUUUGACCAAGCAAAGGAAUAUGUGCAGCAGCUGCGAAACAGAACCCUUGUUCACACACUGUGACGCUUCAGUGGCUGUAUCAGUAUCUCUUGUUGGGCACUGUAAUUAUGUAAAGGAAUAAUUAAAGUCAUGAUUUAGUUAUAUCUUUGGUGCUGCAGGAGCUGGAUGAUGUGACACAGAUCAUGGGUUUUUUCUUAUUUCUCAAGUCACAGGUAUGGAAAAACCUUGGAGCAGCAGAUGUUACUUUUUCUGAGUUACUUGGACCACAGCAUUCGACCCUGGACUGUCAAAUCUAAAACAUCUGGUGCUGUUAUAAAGCUUGGUGUCUCUGUUAUGUAUUGUGGGCCUUUUUUUGUAAAACUGUCCUUGACAGUCAUGUUGCAAGAUCAAGCCUCAAACUAAAAUUUGACAUCUUAAAGUAGUUACAACAUUGGAAAAAAACAAGUAGCAGUAGACAAAACCAAGUAACAACAAUAUUUCACAAUAUCAGACAUCACUUUUGGGUUAAUCUGGGCUGUAACAGCCUUUGUUGUGUGUCUUGGGCAUUGUGUCUGGGAGUGGGAAAUAAAGAAAUGCUUGGAAGUUCA